AUGGGAACAUAUAGAGCCGAUGAGGAUUAUGAUUACCUGUUCAAGGUGGUGCUGAUAGGUGAUUCCGGCGUCGGAAAAUCAAAUCUGCUGUCUCGAUUCACGAAAAAUGAGUUUAGCCAGCAGUGCAAAUCUACCAUCGGCGUCGAGUUCGCCACGCGAUCCAUUCACGUCGACGACAAGGUUGUCAAGGCCCAGAUUUGGGAUACCGCUGGCCAGGAAAGGUAUCGUGCCAUCACGAGCGCUUACUACAGAGGAGCGGUCGGGGCGUUACUGGUGUACGAUGUGACGCGCAACGUGACCUUUGAAAACGUGGAGCGGUGGCUGAAAGAGCUGCGGGGCCACACGGACUCCAACAUCGUGAUAAUGCUGGUCGGUAAUAAAGCCGACCUUCGCCACCUGCGAGCCGUGCCCAUGGAGAAGGCCAAGGCUUUCGCGGUUAGAGAGAACAUAUUUUUCAUGGAGACCUCGGCCCUCGAGGCCAUCAACGUCGACAAGGCUUUCACCGAGGUAUUGACUCAAAUCUAUCAUGUCGUCAGCCGAAAGGCGCUCGAUAUUGGGGACGACCCGUCCGCUCUGCCCAAGGGACAAACCAUUAAUAUCGGGAAUAAAGACGAUGUCUCGGCUGUAAAAAACACGGGCUGCUGCUCCGGCUAA